AUGAUCAAAGUAAAGGUAGAGUUUUUAGGUGGCUUGGACAUCAUCAGCAACCAUGAGAGACAACACAAGUUGACGCUCCCACUUGAAGAAGGCGAUGCCACCAUGAAAGACGUCAUCACUUACAUCUGUAAAGAUAUCAUCACAGACCAGAAGGAUGUGCCUGUAUUCAUCGAGGAUGACACCGUGAGACCAGGGAUCUUGGUGCUUAUCAACGACACCGACUGGGAGUUGGAGGACAAGGAGGAGUAUGUUGUUGAAUCGGGCGAUUUGUUCACCUUCACCAGUACCUUACAUGGAGGUUAA